UUUAACUGUUUUUAUGGGAUGAGAAGGAUGGCGGAGAAGGUUGGGAAGGAAUACUGUUCUCCUGAGAUCCUGUUCCAGGACUAUAUGGAGGCCUGGGUUGGAUUAUCCAUCAAGAAAGCUAAACUGUAUCUUCGUCGGCUCGCCUCGCAAGCCCGGAAAGACGAGAUAGAUAAUAUUCAUUCUCAGAGCAGACACAGACAUCCCUCCAGACAGAUUAGUGAGGAGGAUUUAAUUAACCAACAACUACAAACCUUUAACUUUAUCCAUGAGAGCUGUUGGACAACCUUCGAUGAUCUGCCCUUCUCCUCUCAGGAGCUGGAGGUGAAAUGUAGUAUUCAACUUAUUCAAGGAUUUAAUAUCCUAGAGUCAAGGUUUGUAACGGAGAAGACGAAUAUGUAUCUGGAGGACGAGGUUCUGGAUGCAGAUGAGAUGAUGAAACUAAUCAAACUCCUGGACGGACUAAGGGAGAGGUAUCUUGUAGCCGGAGAUAGGCUUCAUCUUCUCUACUCAAACUCUCAGUUGGAGAAGGAUAAGGAGAAGAUUGCUGAAACCUUCCCAACCCUGGAAAAUAUGAAAAGAAUGCUGAAUGAACAGAUUCAAGCAAGAAUGGAAAAUUAUGCACAUUCACAUUCAGCAAAAUUUCGGAGAUAUAUAACAGAAAAAGGAGAGAACAAGUUGGUAACUGGAGCUUUGGUUCUCUUAGACAAAGAAAUUCAUAUUAUUUCCAAUAAAUUCAAGCUUACUAAAAAUCAGAACUUUGAGAACUACAGGAAAUCUGUUUGCCUCCUUCUUUGGAAUAAGUUUGAAAGCGAACUGUUAGAUUUCUUCUCCAUGAAAAAGCAGCGAAAUAAUGAGAAAAAUAAACCAUCGAGGUUUAAUUAUCUCCGGGACGGAAUAUCUGAUGUUAUUGCCUUCAAACAGCAAGCUAUGAAGGAGGAGGUGAUGAACUACUCCAGCUCUACAGCACUACUGGAGAUGGAGGAGGAGCUGAAGUUCCUGACAAGCAGCUCCAAGUCCCUGAUUUCCAGGUUCCUGAGGAUGAAGGAGGAGUAUGAGGAUAAUCAGGAGGUUUAUGAUGGUCUCCUGCUCAAGUAUAGACUAGGAUAUUGUCAGGAAGAAAACGAGAUUGCACUUGAGAUCUGCUCCAUCCAGCAUUUAAAUAAAGAGGGGAAAGACAAGAUUACUCUAGAGUUCAGAUCUACAUUCUUCCCUCCCAGAGGAGAUCAUCUUGGAAUUGAAAAGAAAAAGAGCUAUGUCGUUGAUCAGGAGAGCUGGGUGUUUGAUGUGAGUGAUAAUGACGCUGGAUUGGACAGGCUCAUAUUUUCCUACUCAUUAGACCAUAUUUUCAGUAGAAAAAGUGAAAAAGAAGAUUGUUUUAUCUGCGUGGAUUUAUUUAAAAAGCAAACUUUAAAAUCCUCAGUUAUCCUCGGUGAUGCAGUUUUUCAGGUGUGUAGGAACGGAGAACUACUACCAGAUAUACCGGAGUAUACCAGUAUAUCUGGUUUAAUGUGUACUCUGUAUAGGUGUGUAGGAACGGAGAACUACUACCAGAUAUACCUGAGUAUACCAGUAUAUCUGGUUUAAUGUGUACUCUGUAUAGGUGUGUAGGAACGGAGAACUACUACCAGAUAUACCGGAGUAUACCAGUAUAACUGGUUUACAGAGUAAUACUCAUAUGUCAACAAAGAUGAUGAAUAAGGAAGGGGAUGAAGUUUACAAGUCCCGUGAAUACCUGGAGUUAAGACAGAGAAAAGACGACCUCGCCAAAUCCUUCAUAAAAUGGCAAAAUUCAGAGAAAAACAAGGAACGAGAUGAUCCCAUAUAGGGAUCAUGAAAACAAGGAACGAGAUGAUCCAAUAUAGGGACCAGGAAAAGUUGACUCUCGAUUCUGAAAAAUAUUGUUGCUAGUGACGAUAUUGUAAACUAUUUUUGUGCUCUGCCGCAAUGAAAAUUGUUGUAAAGGAAUCGAGUUUUUGCCAAAAAUUCUGAUACAAUUUGUCGUAGACCUUAGAUAUUUCAAACUAUAAAUUCUUAUAG